AUGGCUGCUAUACCUUUACAAGCUCGUGCACAGGGUAUUACCUUCGAUGAAUUUGGGAGACCGUUUAUAAUCCUCAAGGAACAAGACAGGCAAACAAGGUUGACAGGCUUGGAUGCACAAAAGGUAGAACGACUUCAAUUUUUCUUGUUGAUCGAUUAAAUCCCAAUUUUCCCUUGCUCGUGGGUUAAGUUCUUUUAUUUUCAUUUUUUUUCAUAGUCACAUAUUUUAGCAGCCAAAGCCGUUGCCAAUAUUUUAAGGACUUCUCUUGGUCCGAAAGGUAAGUUUGCACGAGUUUAUCUUGUCAAAAGUGAGGUCAUUGAUUAUAGUGAGGUUAACUUAUCAUCUAACAUAUAUACUUGGCCUAAACGUUUUUUUUUUUUUACUUAAGUAUUUCAUAUUUGAUAUUACUAUUGACUUGCUUUUAAAACUGCUUGCGUCGUUGCUGCCUAAUAUUAAAAAAAAUGUUAAGCUUAAUAUGCUUUGUGUAUCAUGUACUGUACACACUGUCAGUGUACAUAUCGCAGUUUUCGAAACAAUAACAGAUUUUCUCAACUUAACUUAUGCAUGGGAUAUGUAAGCAAAAGAAAACGUUUUCUGUGUUUGUAUAUCAGGCUAUUAGCCUGAUAUAAACACAAAAAGGGUUGGGAGAAUUCGAGACAGUUAUGCAAACCCAAGACGAAGUCAAGGGUUUGCAUAAUUGUUGAUUCCAGUAGUGGCAAGGGUUUGUAUAAUUGUUGAUUAAUUGUUGCAACCCCUUGAAAUUCUCACCAGUCGCAAAGUCUUAAGGUGAUGUCACACGAGACGAUUCGCAAUGACGUUUUUUAGUGCAACACAGUGUUGCAAUGUAGGAACAAUGUUGUAACCAUUCAAAACAAGUAAACUUGUCGAGGUCUGAACUCAAAUUUUUUUCAAAUUUGUGCUUGCGUGAUUAGUGCGUGAAAAGCAAAACAUCUUGAUGUCACAACCAUGUUUACAUACUCUCAGUCAAACACUCCUCUCUGCCAAUCAGAGCGCGCGUACUAUCUUAGUUAUUUUAGAACGAGUACCCCUUUACUCCCUUACCUAUAAAUGCCCAUUUGCAAUGUUGAGGUUGUAGACAUAGCCUGCACUCAAGAUGAAACUAAAUUUUUGGUGAUGUCCGUCUGUGAAACACCGCUGGAAUCCUUGUUCUGGGCCCCCGCCUGCACGUCAGGAUUUUUGAGAACAUGCCAUUUUUGUUGUUUUUUUUAAAAAGCCAUUGCUCCACAAUCUACUGCCGGUUAAGUAACGUCUGUGAAGCAGCGCUGAGAUUCCUUUUCUCGGCCCCAGUGGACUCAACAAACUGGACUGUGAUGCAGGCUAGGGUAGACAGAGCUACAAAAUUAAUAAUUUUUCCUCCUUGGAAGUGUGAGACACAGGUUAUUAUUGUGAUCGUCAUUAUCAUUUGAACUGUUUAUAUCCUGCAUGCUGAUGUCAAAAGUUAUGUUUCCCUCUAGGUAUGGACAAGAUGAUGGUGAGUCCUGAUGGCGAUGUUACUGUUACUAAUGACGGUGCAACCAUAUUGGAUAUGAUGCAAGUUGAACAUCAAAUAGCCAAGCUGAUGGUGGACUUGUCAAAAUCACAGGAUGAUGAAAUUGGUGACGGAACCACAGGAGUAGUAGGUCAGGCAACCGUCUAAUUAGUGUACUGGUCAUAAACUGCCAGAACUCCCUGAACCCUUUACUGAGACGAGUAUUAAGAACAAAUCAGUGCAUCUUUCUGGUUGUUGAAUCCUAUCAACUAAAUGCUGCUUUUCACAGCAUAAAGUUAUAAAUGCUGUUGAACAAAUCUCAGAUGCACAAGGAUACACAACAUUCACUAAAAAAAGGCUUAAGAGAAAAUGGGUUCCACUACAGAGACCAUGAAAAAUUGAGCAAAAGGUUUUUAAAAACCAUUAUUUGAGAACAAGCCCAGGUGCAGUGCAUUCAGCAAACCCUAAAAAUAUGUAAUCAAUGACCCCAAAAUUAUAAAAAUGCAAGGAAAUAUAAAUGUCAAAAACGUUUAAUGACUCAAAAAUGGCAUUGACAUUUUAAAAGCCAUUAAACAGAGCUCAAUGGCAUAUGCAAAUGCAACAUGUAUAACAAAAGACAUCAGAACAUACUGAUGUCAAAAACUACAGUGUAUCUCAUGCCCCAUACAGAAAGAAGCAUUAACGGCUGUUUCAAAAUGCUGCAACGCAAAGCUGAAGUGCAUGCCAUGAACAACAUGAUAAAGCAACACUAUACUUUGUGGCAAGAACCACCUCAUGUGAAACUAGGAUGGCAUAGAAGAAAAACAAACUGAUUUACAUACUGGUAGCUUGUGUGAAAUAAGCAAUUAAAAGCAAACAAGAAAUGUUAAUUUAGAAUGUGUAGUUCCAGAAAAUAUCCAGACCCCCACCACGGAGGGAAUUUCACUUAGGACCCCCCCACCUCCCUGGAUUUUCCAUUUUUGCAGGGAACUGAUGACCCCCCCACCCCUUCGGAAUUUCCACAAAUAUGACAAAGACCCCCCCCAACCCCUCUGGAAAAGUUCAUUUUCACGAAGAAAGACUAUUAAAGUAGAAGAAUGAGGCAACUUAUGGUUAGUACGUAACGGUUUCCAUCAGAAGCUUGUAUGCUUCUGUAUCCACUUAUUUGAGUGAUCUCGCAACAUUAAAACACACUACACCACCACAAAGUAACCUGAUCUGUAAUUUUUGCUCAUCUCCUUACUUUAAAUGAAACAGAGAAAGUUAACAAGUCGGUUAUAUUUGUGAAUUUACCUUAAUCAGGGCAAGCUUCGAUUUGUUAUUCGUCUCAUAGGCGUAAUGUUGAUAGAAUUAACGCCAUUUCGUGCGGGAAUGCAGAACAAGUCAAACUUACGAUCACAAAAUUAAUGCAAAACAAAGAGGAGAAUAAAAACUCUGAAUUCGGAAAUGAUAACAAUGAAUACCCCCUGCAUCUUGAAGAUACUUGAAGGGAAACCAAGUUCAAUUUACUGUUUUUCGAUCGACUGAUGCGACGUGAUGCGCGAUCGUCGUAAUAAAUGUUUGGUGAAAUCGACACCAUUUCAGCGAGAAUUCGAUCAAGAACAUGCCACACGUUCAACUACAAAAUUAAGGGAAAAUGAAAAGGAGAAUAAAAACUCUUCAUUCUAAAAUGGUUACAAUGUAUAGCUUGUGCUUCGUGAGGCAAAAUUGCCACUCUUCUGAUCUACCGAUCGACUGACGCAACGUGUUGUGUUGCGUGAUGUGUUGCAUGCGUUGAUGUUUUGGGGAAGACUGGUAACGAGUAAUGGCGGCCGAAUAAUACGAGCAUGCGAUAAAAACGAGUUGUAGUCGGUCUAAUUCCUUUAAAAUUACAUCCAAAACGCUUUUGGAAGAAAGGAAACCUGGUUAAGUUUAAAAGGAACAAUCUUAAGUGAUAUAUUUCAAGUUAUUUAUGUCCUAAAAAUGAUCUACCAGGUCGGUAAGAAGCAAUGUUCGAUCUCAGGUCGAAAACAAAAUGAUAUUGCCCCCCUGGAAAGUGAUUUUAUGGUCCAACCCCCCUCCCUUCUGGAAUUUCCUGGGCCUCUGACCCCCCCACCCCCCUGGAAUUUCCAAUUCCCUCCGUGGUGGGGGUCUGGAUAUUUUCUGGAACCACACAAUAUGAAAACAUUUACUGACAGAAGGAGAAAUUACUUCCAAAACAAUUUCGUGCAGCACAAAAACAGCGUUUAAAAACUAAUUAACAGCAUUUUCAUGCAAUAGUGACACCAGAAAAAUGUAACUGAAGCAAUAAAACAAUUUUAAAAAACCCUGUGGAAUGUGAAAGAGACAGCAAAUGAAUAUCCAGAAAACAUUCAUGUUUUAAAAAAAAGGGAAGCUCAAGAAAGAAGAAACAAACUGAAAAAAUGCAAAGCUAUGAAGCAUCCAAAUGAGGUUAACCAUACAUAAAAUUAGAGGGUUGCCAUUUUCACCAGGAGGAAAGUCUUCAUCGCUAUAACAAAGAAAGGUCCUGCUCUUUGAGUUCAAAGAGGCAUAAACUUUGCCAGGGAAACUAUGUAUAGGCUCUUUAACUUUUAAAUAAUGUUUUUGUGUGGGCAUGUGUGUGUCUGGUUGUGUAUGGCCUUUGUUUUCAAAAUUAAAAUGGUAGUUGGACUCUAAAGUACACUUGAAAGUCUUCGAAAACAGUGAGAUAUUGAGGAGAGUAUGCUUUUAAAUUAUUUGCACAUAAGGUUCUAAGAUUAAAGUGGGCGGAGUUGUGUUCCUUGCUCAAUUCCCUCUACCUCUUGUGGCUUAUGCACCAAAACCGAAGUGUUUUUGCACCUCAAGAAAUCAUCUGCACUGCAAGCUACUGACCUGCCAAUCAUCCUGUUUACAGUCCUCGCUGGAGCGCUUCUUGAUCAAGCUGAACAACUGUUGGACUGGGGAAUACAUCCGAUAAGAAUAGCUGAUGGUUAUGAACUAGCAGCAAAGAUAGCUAAUGAACAGCUGGAUAAGAUAUGUGACAGCUUCCCAGUUGACAGAAAUAAUCCCGAAUCCUUGAUUCAGACAGCCAUGACUACCUUGGGUUCCAAAAUGUAAGUACAAAAGGUACUCCCACUAACUAGAAAUAAGUCCCAGCGUGCAAAGAAAGUAGUGUCCGAUAGCGGGGCUAGUGGAUUUUGCUAUCGGGCUAGUGAAUUCUGUUUUUAACUUGCCCGACGGGCAAGUGAUGUUUUAUGAGGAGUUUGAAUAACAAAAGAACAAAACGUUUUUGGGGCUAGUUGAAAUGACGUCUGGGCUAGUAAAUGCUAGCUUCAGCUUGCCCGAAUGGCAAGCUGUAAAAAUGUUUUCUUUGCACCCUGAGUCCAAUUUCCCUUUGAUUUCACCCCACUUUGCAGUCAUUUUUAGUCCUUUCCCUUGAUUAAAAAAGUCACUGAAAUUUACCCCAGUAACUCAAAUUGUUGUUCUUUUAACUCUAUGCAGAUGCCAUUCCAUCAACUCUUUUUGUUAUAUAGGGGUGAAGACACUAAAACUGACUCUGGUCAAUACUAAAGGCAAUUUGAUUUUAAAUUGUGAAAUGAACAGAUCAUGUUUUAUCAUAAAAAUACCCAAUUAUGUUACAGUUUCUGAUGAAAUAAGCCAAUGUGCACUUCACCAUACACAAAAGCGUUGAGAAAUCAGUAACUAUCAAUUUUUAACGUGGCAAAUUGAAUUUUUUAAUUGACCUCUAAAACUUGAACCCUUGCUAACUCGAAUAGUCUGUUUUUUGUUUCCCUUCAGAGUUUGAGUGACAGGGGUUCUACUGUAUGUAGCAUGUUGACCUUGCAACUGAUUAAUAACUUGCUGCUCUUGAUAUAUAUUAGUGUCAGCCGAUGCCACAGACAGUUGGCAGAGAUUGCAGUCGAAGCUGUGUUGUCUGUUGCUGACUUGGAGAGAAAAGAUGUUGACUUUGAACUUAUCAAGAUGCAAGGCAAGGAAGGUGGCAGGCUAGAUGACACUAUGUUGGUCAAAGGAGUAGUUGUUGAUAAAGAUAUGAGCCAUCCGCAGAUGCCAAAGGUAUGACAACAAAUGUUUCUUGCAAUAGGUUGGAUUUUCCCACAAAAUGUUGCCACUCUAUUUCUGUGAAACUCAGAAAACCGUGAACACAUGAAAAAUUGCAGGAAUGUUGAUUGUGUGGUGACCAAUCACAAUAAUGUUCGGAAAUCAGCCAAGCACGGUCAUUGCAUGCGUGCUGAACAAGAAUGCUGUAUAGUGACAGACUAGAAACAAUAGACAACUCCCACAGCACAAACUCAGCCAAAACGCUAAAAAUCUUCAAUGUUUACUCAAGUUUGGGCUUAUAGAAGAUAAUGUCACAGUUUUUCAAUGACGAUGAAAUUCAGAGUCCGGGUAGUUAGUUAAUCAAUUGUGGCCCUGAAAAAAUUUGAAGGAAAAAAAACUAUGAAUUUUUAAGAAAAUGCUUUUUUCGUGAGAAGGACUCUUAAACACUGACAAACGUCAACAAAUAGCGAAAACUAUAAUUUCUAUAUGUUUGCUUUGCUCAAAAUCGCGCGCAUUUACAAGGCCCUAAAGCUUUUUGCUGACUUGCAAGGGAUAAGUCUCAUAGUUUGUUAGAUAUAAUCGUGUAAAGUUUGCUUAUCAUUUUCGCAUAAAUUAUGACCUAAAUUUGGAAACCGCGGAAUUUCUCGAAUUGGGUCUUUGCGAUUUUGGUGAAACUCUGUUCAGCGCAAGGCACUAAUGCGCACUAUGUGUAGCGGAGAGAUUUUCACGAAAAAAUGCUGGCAACAGCAGAUUUUCGACUCAGACCUCAAAGGGGCGUGGCAUUAUAACCACAUGACAUUUACUCCGAUCGCCAAAAAUUUUAUGUUAUAUUGUAAAUUGAUCUAUAUGUUAUCCAUUGUAUGUGUUAGACUUAAGAUAAAAGUAAAGGUGGGAAUACCAGAGAGCUUCAAAGUAGGAUGGUACCCCUCCAAAAAAACUGGGUCGAGUCACCUUAAGCAAACCUCGAAACCACAAACUAAUUACCGUUGCUGUUUGCAGUUUAGUUUUCCCAUGCCUUAUUGGCUAUUUCCUCAAAACACAAUAACAUUCCAUAAUAUUGAACAGGUGUUCACAGUUUAGUGCAUUUCACAGUGAUCAGCCUUGUAAUAAUACAGUGUAUUGGUUCUGUUUCAAUCUUAAUUCUUUAUAAUAUAUAUCCACUUUUUUCUGGCAUACAGGUUAUUAAAGAUGCAAAACUUGCCAUCUUGACCUGUCCAUUUGAGCCUCCUAAGCCCAAGACUAAACACAAGCUCGAUGUGACGUCAGUUGAAGACUACCAAAAGCUGCGUGAAUAUGAAAAGGAGAAGUUUGAAGAGAUGGUAAAACAGGUUAAGGAUACUGGAGCUAAUUUGGCCAUCUGUCAGUGGGGAUUUGAUGAUGAAGCCAACCAUCUUUUGCUGCAGAAUGAAUUGCCUGCUGUUAGAUGGGUUGGAGGACCUGAAAUUGAGGUAAUUUGUAGACAGCUAGCCUUUUGACUCUUUUAAAGUUGAAAAAAAGAAAGUCUGAGGGAUUUUUCUGAUCUACAUAUACUUGUACAUCUCACCCAUUCCGUUGCACCCAGCCAGCAAGUCUUAAAGCCUGGGGUCUGUUUCUCGAAAGUCCUGGUAACUUUUCAACUCCGAAAUCAAGUAUUCAAAUGAAAAUGUACAUAAGAGAAUAAGAGCACAGGUCCUAGCUAACAAACCACCUCCUUUUGUUCACUUAACUGAUAGUUUUAUCAUGUUACAUGUAUUUGCAAAACUAUUGAAACCUCUAUCUUUAAUGUAAAUAACAACAGUACUCUUGGCCUUCUAAUUUUCGGAAGAUUUUCAAAAAACAUGCCCUGGCUAAUAAAGCCCUUUCACAAUCCUUUAGUUUUAGCAUUAAUUUAAAAAAAAAUGCUGAAGUGUUUGGUUGAGUGAUUCUCUGUUCUUCUUGUAGCUCAUUGCUAUUGCAACUGGUGGAAGAAUUGUGCCAAGAUUUUCUGAACUUACAACAGAAAAGCUUGGAAAGGCUGGACUGGUAAAGGAGCUAAGCUUUGGAACUACCAAAGAUAGAAUGUUAGUUAUUGAAGAAUGUCACAACUCACGAGCUGUAACCAUCUUUAUCCGAGGAGGAAACAAAAUGGUAAGCGCAGCUUUGUAUAGCCUGAGAAAACAGCUGACAUUUUGUGAUGCCACCACUGGUUUCCCUGUGAAAUGAUGUCUGAGAAACGAGUGCAGAAAUUCCAUACUGAUAACCUGUCGCUACCCAGAUAUUGGUAGUGCUUCUGAUUGGUUGAAGCAAAUUUUCUCAGGCUAACCUUUUACACCUGCUCCAAUAUUUCUUAAUUGAACUCAUUUUACCAACUUACUGUUAACCCUUUAAGUCUCAAUGGUGACCAACAUCAAUUUUCUCCUAACGAUAUCCAUACAAUGUUAAGAGAUUAGGUUAUGAGAAUUAAUUAAAUGAUCACUAAAGAGAAAAUGCUUUGAUCUUUUAUGAAAUUCUCUCAACUUAUUCUUUAAAGAAAAGUAUAGAGAUCAGUUUGGAGAAUUUGCCAAGUGGAUAUUGGGGCUUAAAGGGUUAAUUUAAUCUUGAGGACAGUAUUCUCACUUUUGAAGCACAAUAAUUUUAUCUGCAGUGGCUCAUCCCAUUUUUUAAUGUCAGAUUAUAGAAGAGGCUAAAAGAAGUCUUCAUGAUGCACUUUGCGUUGUAAGGAAUCUUGUUCGUGAUAACCGUGUUGUAUAUGGUGGCGGGGCUACAGAACUGGCCUGCUCACUAGCUGUCACCAAAGAGGCUGACAAGGUAACAAGCUUGUUCAACUAAUUAGGCAUAUACUAUAACAAUCAUUCAACCGCACUUUACGCUUGGCUAUGUGUAGCCUGACCCCCACCUAGAAGAAGGAAAAAAGUCUUUUCUCUGGCGGAGGGUGUGGUCACAUGUGGGCAAAUCUUACUGGGUAGAGGUUGAGAGAAAAAAAGUUUGUUUAAGACCUUGUUUUUGUUGUUGUUGUUGUAUUGCCUGUUAGGGUUGGGCAGGACAAGGGGGGUGGGUGGACUUGAGCCUCAAACCGAUGAAGACAUUGCUAAGAAAUCAACAUGACCCAAACGUUUUGCUCUGCAAGAGACUCCAAUGGCAACUCUUUUAUCAGAACUCGUUUCUUCUGAGCGUUGUCCCUUUACUUAUUUAACAGUAACAUUUUAAUAAAUCCAAUCAGUUCAUCUGAGUAAUGGAUUUUUCUUGUCUAGAUAUCCACUUUAGAGCAGUAUGCCAUGAGAGCAUUCAGUGACGCACUAGAAGCUAUACCACUGGCACUAGCAGAGAACUCAGGGUUAAAUCCUAUUCAAACUGUAGCAGACAUUAAAUCCAGACAAGUUGCUGAAGGCAAUCCCAGAUUGGGAGUGGACUGUAUGGACAGAGGAAUCAAUGGUAAGAUCAUUCGUCCCUUUUAAGUCCCCGUCGUUGCACGACUACGACGUGAAACUGCCUAAUUUCACGUCUCUGUCGAGGACGGGAACACAAGACAACGACUUUCUUUUUCUUUUCCUGAACUUUGAUACAGUCUUUUAGAAUUCAACUCCAGAAAAAUUUGCCAACAUUUGACGAAUUAAACGAGAUGUAAUAACCGCGAUAAAGCUUGAGGCAGCGCGAAUUUACUUUGUAAGUGACGUUUUCGUAGCCGUCGCUGACUGUCGUUGUUGCGUAAGCUCCCUAUUACCUGUCGGAGGCUGCUUCUGAGGUGGUAAGGUUCCCCCUUAAUUAGCAAGGCACCAGUUCACAAGCUCAUCAACUGACAAAUAGUUUGAACAAUUAGCACUCUCACUCUCCCCUACCAGGGGUUUCUUGAUAAACUCCUGGGAGGGGAGAGGGAAGUUGCUAAAUUUUUUUUUUUUUUUUCAGAUAUGAAAGAGCAGCAUGUGAUAGAGACGCUGAUUGGCAAGAAACAACAGAUAAGCUUAGCUACUCAGCUUGUCAAGAUGAUUCUCAAGAUUGAUGAUAUUAGAACACAAGGAGAAGGGUCCUGAGGCGUUACUUAUUGCGUGACACGGACACAUUACGGAACACUUUAGCGUAACGCAAGGACAGUGUGACUAAACCACAAGUUUAAUUUAUCACAAGACUGAUGUUUCGUGGGCCUGAAGUUUUUUUCAAGAAUUAUGACUGAAGUAACCUUCAACAUGGUUUUCUUUUCCCAGAUAAAAAAAGGCAGACAAAGAACUUGCCCUUUUCUCGCAGUUGGAAUUUUUUCAUCUCGGUUCUCAUAACCGUUUCACAUGCGGCUGAGAAGUUAAGACAGAAUCGCGUUAAAGACAACGAUUUUAGGGCAAAAAGGACAUUUCCUUUCGCGAGAUUACAAAUUUACUUUUAAGUCGCUGGAAGAGGUGGAAAUAGUUCAGCGACAGUGAGUAAAAUAUUAUCAGACAGUGAGAAAGCGUUGUUUAUUGUACUGCCUAACCCGUUUGGGCCGGCGUUGUAGAGGGGUCCACCAUAACUACGUUAUUAUAAAGGCAAAAAUGUUAUCCUGUCGGCUGUGGGUCCUUUGUGUAUCCUAACGUCUCAUCAAAACCUUGAGAGAGAGUUUUCCACAUCCACAAAUUAGUCAGUAAUAGAAAACGCCAACUCUCUCAGUCCCCGUCUACACUAGUGACGUUUCGUUUGAAAACGCACACAUUUGGAUGCGUUUAGGCCUUUCGUCUACACUAAUACGCUGAGCGACAUCGAUUUGAAAAUGCUCGUGAAAGUGGAUCGAAACGAAAACACAUAUCGUAUUAGGGUUGGCGGUCGAAAAACGCACAAAAAUAAAAACGAUGACCGAAAAUAUCGCAGGCGUGUGUGCCUGUCGUGUGCGCAUAGGGUUCAGCUUACGUCACAACGUGCAAUUCGUUGUCGAACGUUAUAGCGUGGACAGUCGAAAACGCAGCAAAACGGUAGUGUGGACGCGAAUCGAUCGAUGCGAUGUUGAUGACAACGAAAACGCAUACUUUUAAAAACGCAUUAGUGUGGACAGGGCCUCAGACCUCAACUGUCACACUGAAACAUCUUAAUUGUCCCGCAGCUAAAACCUUCUUUAUAAACUACCGGCGUUCCCUUAUUCAACUAUAGAUUGAAUAAGCAAGUCGAACUGAGGAAAAAACAUUUAUGCCAACAAAGCCUUUUAUCACAUUGAAAAUUCUUUCCUGAACGGCCUUUCAAAGAAACUUAAAAUGGGAUCCGAAGUGUCGACAAAUUCUUGAUGUCAGUGUAUUUCGCUCUUCGCACUACAGUAGUACUAUCUGUCUCUGUUGUGAAACCUCUGUUUUUUGAUAGUGUUUUCGUAUGCAACAGUCUUCGCACUAUUUAGUUUACAUUUGUCCGAAACUUGCGAAAUGGAGCUGUCACAAAGUGUUGAUCAAUAAAAUACAUUGUACCUUUAUGCUGCCUCUAAGGUAAAUAGAAACAUUAGCUUUUUUCUAAAGUACAUGUUGUUUAUACUGCUCGUGAAGAAUAUUUAUAGCAAAAUUAAUCAACAAACAUGGCUAGCAAGCUGCAGGGGGUAGCUUUUUUUGAGCUCUUUCAUUUGCUUUCAAGAGCUGUUUGAUAUUUUAAACAUGUCAGAAACUUUGUGAGUUUAAUCGUUGGAACUCACGUCAAGGCUCGUGUAUAAGUCUUCUUUGGAAGGGAUUUGAGUGUAACGGAGAAUAUUGUUUUAUGGCUAGUGGAAUAAAAUGUGAAGUC